AUGGCGGCGCCGGGCCUUGGGGCUGGGGCAGCCUUGGUGGGUGCAGGCUGUAGCGGUGGCGGCGCGGGCGAUGACUCCGGGUCCGCAGGGAUCCGGGCCUGGCUGCCCAGUCGGGUCCUGGAGUUGGUGUUUUCCUACCUGGAGCUGUUGGAGCUGCAGAGCUGCACCCUGGUGUGCAAGCACUGGUACCAUUGCCUACAGGGCGAUGAGAACAGCGCGGUGUGGCGGAGCCUGUGCGCCCGCAGCUUGGCAGAAGAGGCUCUGCGCACGCACAUCCUCUGCAACCUACCCAGCUACAAGGCCAAGGUACGUGCUUUCCAGCAUGCCUUCAGCACUAUUGACUGCUCCAGGAACGUCUAUAUUAAGAAGAAUGGCUUUACUUUGCAUCAAAACCAUAUCGCUCAGAGCACUGAUGGUGCAAGGACCAAGAUUGGUUUCAGUGAGGGUCACCAUGCGUGGGAAGUGUGGUGGGAGGGCCCUCUGGGCACUGUGGCAGUGAUUGGAAUUGCCACAAAACGAGCCCCCAAGCAGUGCCAAGGUUAUGUGGCAUUACUGGGCAGUGAUGAACAGAGCUGGGGCUGGAAUCUGGUGGACAAUAACCUACUACAUAAUGGGGACGUCAGUGGCAGUUUUCCACAAUGCAACAAUGCACCAAAAUACCAGAUAGGAGAAAGAAUUCGAGUCAUCUUGGACAUGGAAGAUAAAACUUUAGCUUUUGAACUUGGAUAUGAAUUCUUGGCGGUUGCCUUUAGAGAACUUCCAAAGUCCUGCUCAUAUCCAGCAGUUUCUGCUGUAAAUGGCAACACAGAAGUGACUUUGGUUUACCUUGGAAAACCCUUGGAUGGAUGA